CGAAACCAGACGCGAGGAUCCCAGGAGCGCCGCCUGCGCAUGCGCAGUGCACCGCCUUCCUGCCGCCCACUGGGUCGCCGCGCGUCAUGGAGGUUAAGGGAGCCGCCUUCCUGAAAGAUGUUGUGGCCUAUGUUGAAGUCUGGUCUUCUACUGGGACAGAAAAUUACUCAAAGACAUUUACAAAACAACUUGUAGACAUGGGGGCAAAGGUCUCAAAGACGUUCAACAAGCACGUGACCCACGUGGUUUUCAAAGAUGGAUACCAGAGCACCUGGGACAAAGCCCAGAAGACAGGGGCAAAGCUGGUUUCUGUGCUCUGGGUUGAAAAAUGCAGGACAGCUGGAGCACAUGUCGAUGAAUCCUUGUUCCCUGCAGCGAAUACUAAUGAACACUUACCAAGUCUACUUAGAAAAAAACACAAGUGUAUGCAGCCUAAAGAGUUUAUUCCUAAAACACCAGAAAACAAUAAAAGACUUCAAAAGAAAUUUGAGAAAAUGGCUAAAGAGCUGCAAAGGCAAAAGACAGUGCUCGAUGACGAUGUUCCUGUUCUCCUGUUCGAGUCUCCUGGCUCACUAGUGUACAGCCCCAGUGCUCUUCUCAGGAGUCACCAUAGCGUGAUGGAGAAGCGAUUACAGGAGAUGAAGGAAAAAAGGCAAAAUCUUUCUCCCACCCGUAAGUGGUUAGUCUGUUACAUGGAAAGGAUGCAAACUGUUUCUCAGGUGAUGGCGCAGUCCCAGCAGAGUCAAGGCGACAUUCCGUAUAAAGCGUCUUUGAAUAUUUCCCAUGAAUCUUUGAGUUCAGGUGAUCCUUUCCCAGAGAGUCAUACUCAUCUUUUGAUGGUCUCUUUGGAAUCCAUAGAUGGAGAUCAGGAAAGCAAACUGGGACUAUCUGCUAAUGAGACUGUGGGUGAGGUGUGCCCUUCGUCGUCUAUGUUGAAGAUAAACAGCGUUGAUGAGUCAGCGUCAUCCAGUCACCUCCGUCCGUCAAGUCCUCAGGAAGCCCUGAGCAGUCUUCCACAGGAGGACGUCAGCUGGCAGAGAGGUGCUGUAGGUGACAUAGCUGCCCUAGAUAAAACGCAAGCUGAAUGUGUGUCUAAGGAGAUGUCUGCUGAGAGACACAGCCCGUCUCCUGCGGUCUCUACCUCAGAAGACCACUUGGUAUGUUCCGGGUCUAAGCAUUCCUCAGCAAAGAGAAAAGGAACGUCAACAGAUUUUUCACCUCCAAAAAAGAAAGUGAAGAAGAAGAAGUCCAGUAGGAAGCCUGCCCUGCACCUGAAGCUGUUCAAGUCCAAGCACAGCCUGCAGUCCAUUACCACCCUGGGAACUCUUGAUGGUGGGGCAUCUUCUUAUGAGGACUACUUCUCCCCUGAUAAUCUCAAGGAAAGGAAUUCAGAGACUCUUCCUCCUGAGGCUCAGUCACCGUCAAGCCCUUCUCUGUUCUGCCACAGAGGGCUCUCAAAGCGAGAAAGAACAAGCAUACUGGAAAAGUCUGAUUUUUCCUGCAUAAGUGAAAAGCCCAGAUCCAUCAGCAUUACUGACUCAACAUCAAAAAGUAGCUCUAGUCAUGAGAACGCUGCCCAUGGGGAAGGGAAUCCACCUUCCAGUCCCAUGCCUUUGCAGGGAGUACCUGCUGCUAAGGCAAGCCCUGGACACUGCAUGCAGGCUGGGCCUCAGCUGAGGGACACUGGGCUGGAGGGAAGCAACCAUCCUUACAUCCGGUACGGCCCUGCUCGUGCAAAGGCAAGCAGUAAGGAAGCAAGAGAAUCAGUGGGUGCAAAAAGCGCAUCUAAUGAGGAUACCGCUGCCCCAGUGCCCGUCUCUUCCAAAGGAGAAGCACACAGCUGUCAUCUCAGUGCUAGAGAUGAUUGUGAUGUAGAGAAAUCUGGAGAAGAAAAGGAGCGUGUAUCGACAGGAUAUAGCAAAAGUGUUAAAGAUGGACCAGCGAGGCCUGAUGUUUCAGACAGCUGGUGUACCGGCCCUGUCAGACCUCAAGAGGAGCCAAAGAAAAGUGGGAAAGCACAGAAGAGAAAUAUGGCUUUGGAUACAUUGUGAAGUGUGUGGCUCAGAAGUCAUCAAAUAGAACCAGCAUGGUGAUGCAUAUGCCUGUAAUCCCAGCACUCAAGAGGAAGAGGCAGGAGGAUCAGGAGUUCAAGGUCAUCCUCAGCUGUCUAAUGAGUUCAAGACCAGCUGAGCCAUGUGAGCCCAUCUCAGAGGAACAGCAGCAGCAACAAAAACCAUCAGAUGAAUUUAGACUCUUGGAAGUAAGGGCCAGUGGGGCAGAUUUCCCCAGACCCUCUGGUCAUCUGGGCUACACAGAGCUGGAGGCCAAGAUCAGAACAUACUCCCUAUUGAGAGAGACCUGCAAGGCAAGAGAGAAACUUCCCGGGGAAUUCUAAGUGCUGCUGCUCAGCAGUAUGAUUCUGGGCAAGGAGAGCUGGCAGGUCCCAUCGAAACUUGUUGUAUUAGUUACUUUUUCUUGUUGCUGUGACAGAAGAGCUGGUAAAAGCAACUCACGGCAGAGUUGAUUUGGGCGCAAUUUGAGGGUGCAGUCCAUCAUGGCGGGAAGGCAUAGUGGCUGGAGGGAGGCAGCUGGUCACAUGGCGUUCCCAGACAGAGAUGAAUGCUGGUGCUCAGCUCACUUUUUCCUUUUUAUUCGGUCCUGGACCGCUAACCCUAACCCCACCGACCCCACGGGAUGUCCACCCACACCCAGAGUGGGCCUUCCCUCUUCAGUUAAGCCUUUCUGGAAAUGCCUUCAUAGACACACCUAGAGUCGUUUCCAUGGAGAUUCUAAAGUUAGUCAAGUUGCCAGUGAAGAUUUACCAUCCCAUAAUAUGUAAGGCCCGGUUUAUUGACUAUCAUUUGAGGGAUGUUAGCCAAAUGAUAGUGUGCCUUGUGAAUAUUAGUCAGUCAUCCUGAAGAAGGGCUCUUUGAGUAAAGAACUGCUGUGAAAAUUGCUGCUCAACUCUGGGCUUGCUCAGUGCAAAUACCUGUUCCUCAGAGAGCAGCCACUCUGCUGAUGAGUGCCACAGCGCUGAGCCCACUCCCCAUGUCCAUUCUGUCUCCCAGUGACCCAGCCAAGCUCACCACACUCCCUCUGUUCUUAUUUGCAAUUCUUUUGGUGGUCUGACUCACUUCUGUCCAAUAUAACAUCAAGGGAAAUCUAACUGGGAGGUUUCUGGAACCUGGAUCUGUCCCUGGGAAGAAGGGGCUGUGUGUGUCCCCAGGAACCCGGACAGCCCAAGAUUGAAGCCAGGAGCAGAGCAGGGGGAGAGGACAGCGAGGAGCACAGACGGCGAGGCCUGCAGAGCUCACUGUUCUCCCGGAAUCAGGUGGCUCUGCACCGACAGGAGGGGCUGCCUCACUCAGGGGUCUCCCAGGACACUACUGUGUUCAGGACUGUGCGUCCAGGAGAUGAGAUCUGCAGACCUCACGUUGCUUCCGUCAGUGUUAGAGGGCUGAGUGCCUAAGGCAGGGCUGCUUCAAUUAGGGCCUCACAGGAUACCAUGUGUACACACAGCAGAGUGUCUAAAAGCUGAGACCUCACCGGACAUGCACUGGACGAACACGACUCCCUCCCCAUCAUCAGGUUUAGUUCCCAGCACUCAUAUGGGAGCUAAUGAACACCGUAACUCCAGUUCCAGGGGGUCCAAUGCCCUAUUCUUGUUUCUUCGGGCUUUGCGAGACACGGGUGCACUCACGUACAUGCAGGCAAUGCACUCAUACAUACAAAAUUUUUAAAAAAUAAUAAAAUAUAUAUAAAGGAGUAAAGGAUAGAGGGAAAGAAGUUAAAGAGUGACAUUAAAAUGUGCAAUUUACAAAUCCAUGAGGCAUUUUAUCUAUUUGUUAAACAAAACAUAAAGCAUUUCAAAUAGAUUUUUGGCACAUGCUUUUGUGGGUUUUGGAUGUGAGUUGAGAUUUACUUUAUGUAUCAGUGCUGAGUGUGUGAGGAAAUUCCCCACGCUGACUAUCAGACCAGACCAACUUGGGAAGAAGCACUUACCGUUCAUCGUUGGAGACUGUCAGCCACGAAUGUGUUGUCAUAAGUUAUGCUUUUUCUUUCUGUGGAGUUAUCCUCUGCUUUCCAUUUUAAAAUAUAUUUGCCUCUUAUUUAUAAUUAGUUCUGUUUUGAAAAGAAAGCAAAACUAAUAAUCUACAGUCUGUCAGUAGAGCUGCCUUUUUUCCCUCAGCUCUGACAUUUUCCCUGUGUAGUCCCACUCCCUCUGGGAACGUUAACAAAAAGGAAGGACUGUGGAUAGGAGAGUGGGGAUCAGAAGCAGUGCAGGGUGGAGUGGGGGUUCCCAGCAGCCCCCAGGACUUUGCAGGUAGAUGGAGGUUUAUGUCUUUCUCAUGAUAGCAGUGUGAGUUUGAAGGCUGUACAUAGACUGAUCAGUGAGAGGCGUUUCUGCCCUGCCCCUGGACUUGGGUAGUUUGAGGAAGAGUUUAAGGUCACAUUUAAGAAUUCCAGGGACCAGGUCCCAUACCCUCCAAAGAUGGCAAGAGGCUGGAACACCCCAGCUCGGCUUCCCCACCUCCUCCACACCAUAGCUGUGCAGUGCCCAUGGAGACCAGAAGAGGGCGACAGAUCUCCUGGAACUGGAGUUACAGUUGUUAGCCACCUUGUGGGUGCUGGGAACUGAACCCCCUGAAC